GGUUCAACUAUCAGAAUUAGUUAGAUAUUAAAGAGAAAGUGGCCCUAACUUAAAAACUUUUCUUCUCUAACUCAUCUUCUUGAUUGGAUCCAUUGGUUUGAGGUUUGUGUGUUCUUUAAUGGCUCUGGAAAUUGAGGUGGUGAAAAGUGGCGGUGCCGCCUGCACUACUAGUCGUUGUGAGUAUGACGAUGGUGGUGAUGAUGGCGACGAUAUUGAGACAGGAAAUCAGUCUAACGGUGUUGUCGAAGCUUAUUUAGUUUGGCAGAACUUGACAGUGGUGCUCCCGAAUCUUAGGAAGGGAUCUAUGAAGAAGUUGCUUCAUGGACUAAACGGCUUCGCCAUGCCUGGCCGGAUACUCGCCAUCAUGGGCCCUUCUGGUUCCGGAAAAUCCACCCUUCUUGAUUCAUUAGCAGGUCGAUUGUCGAAAAACGUUGUAAUGACAGGGAACAUUCUCCUCAACGGGAAGAAGCAGAGGCUGGAUUAUGGCCGCGUUGCUUAUGUGACGCAAGAAGAUGUCUUACUGGGAACUCUAACAGUUAAAGAAACUCUAACAUACUCUGCUCAUUUAAGGCUUCCAUCGUGGAUGUCCACACAAGAGAUUAAAAGUAUUAUAGAGGACACUAUGUCGGAAGUCGGGCUUCAAGAAUGCGCAAACAGUCAGGUCGGAACAUGGCAGUCGAGAGGGAUAAGCGGCGGCGAGAAGAAACGAUUAAGCAUCGCUCUCGAAAUACUCGUCCGCCCUCGCAUGCUGUUUCUCGACGAGCCCACGACUGGCCUCGACAGCGCAGCCUCGUUCUUCGUCGUUCAAGCCAUCAAGAAUCUCGCCCGCGAUGGAAGAACUGUGGUUUCAUCCAUUCAUCAGCCUAGCAGCGAAGUUUUCGCGCUGUUUGAUGACCUUUUCCUGCUGUCCGGAGGCGAGACAGUCUAUUUUGGCGAAGCGAAAAUGGCGGUAAAGUUCUUUGCCGAGGCCGGAUUCCCUUGUCCGACGAAGCGAAAUCCUUCGGAUCAUUUUCUGCGAUGCAUCAACGCCGACUUCGACCUUGUGACGGCGACGUUGAGAGGCUCGCAGAGACUCCAUGAAACAGAGGAAUCGUCGAAGCCGUUGGAGAAUUUGGCGACGGCUGAUAUAAAAGCUCUUCUUGUCGAGAAAUACAAGAAUUCGGAUUAUGCGAAGAAGGCCGGGCUGCAGCUUCGAAAAAUGUCUUCCAUUCAAGGGAAAGAGAUUAAAGGUGUUAAAGGAAGCCAAGCAAAGUGGCUGUAUCAGCUUUCGACGCUGACGAAAAGGUCGUUCAAGAACAUGUAUAGAGAUGUCGGAUACUACUGGUGCCGAAUAGCCAUCUACACUGUUCUGGCAAUAUGUGUGGGGACAAUCUUCUACGAUGUGGGCACGAGCUAUACAUCGAUCUUUGCUAGGGGAGCUUGCGGCGGAUUCAUUACAGGGUUCAUGACUUUCAUGUCCAUCGGCGGAUUCCCAUCUUUUGUCGAAGAAAUGAAGGUGUUUUCGCGGGAAAGGUUGAAUGGCUACUACGGCGUGGCGGUGUUCAUACUGUCGAACUUCCUCGCAUCCUUUCCGUUCCUCGUGGCAGUGUCGAUGGCCACCGGGACGAUCACUUAUUUCAUGGUGUACGAUGCAGGGGUGUCUCGAUAUGUCUUCUUUUGUCUCAACAUAUUCGGAUCCAUCGCGAUGGUCGAGAGCGUUAUGAUGAUCGUUGCUGCCUUGGUUCCCAACUUCUUGAUGGGGAUCAUGACCGGCGCAGGAGUUCUUGGGAUCAUGAUGCUCACCGCCGGUUUCUUCCGACUCUUGCCGGACCUCCCGAAGCCGGUGUGGCGGUACCCGAUUUCCUUCAUCGGAUACGGUGCUUGGGCAUUGCAGGGAGGGUACAAGAACGACAUGGUCGGAAUGAGGUUCGGGCCGAUGUUUCCCGGCGGGCAGAAUGUGACAGGUGAACAUGUGCUGGAAGAGAUGCUGGGGAUCUCAUUGAAUCAUUCAAAGUGGUGGGAUUUGGUGGCAAUAUAUACUCUUGUUCUUAUUUACAGAACCAUCUUCUGCAUCUUCCUCAAGCUCAGGGAAACCAGAGCCAUGGUGCUCCUCCAUUCGCUCUAUCACACCACCACCUUGCGUCGGCUCAACAAACAAGAACAACCUUCCUUGAACAAGGACCACAAUUUUCUUGCAAAUAAUAUUAACAAUGCUGCCUCCUCACCUUCUGCUCAAGCCCUCUUGCAACAUAAAUAGAUCAAGAAACUGUAAUGGAUAAUAUACCCUGUUCUUUAUAUAUGUAUUUAUACAUGUU